AUGACGGUGCUGCCCGCACCCCUGCCUCAUUCGAGAGUUUCACUUCAUGUAGCGGUGUGGAUGUCCGGGGAAGUGGUUCCUCGCCGGCUGGAUGGCGUUCAGGCGCAACCCCGGCGCCCACUGAUUACUGGCUCGGCUACAACCUCCCUCGGUGAUCUCCAACUUCCUCCUGCUCCUCAAUUUCUGUUUGGGGAAUUCUUCAAUUGA